AUGCUAGAUGAUCUGGCUAUAUUUCUAGACAAAAACAACUUCACUCAUAUAACCAAUUACAUGUUCUCUAAUGGAGGGACCAAUACCAUUCUUUUUAUAACUUUAGCGGGUAAUCCAAUCAACGUAAUUGAAGAAGAAGCAUUCCACGGGCUACAAAACCUCAGAUUUGUCAAUCUGUUCGACACGCAAAUAGCAGUUCCACUUAAGAUUUGUCCAGCAAAGACUCAAGUUGCGUAUCUAGUUCCUCAGACCACAGAUGCAAGCAUUGUAUUAACCGACCUUUUCAUGCCUUCGAGCGAUUUUAUGGACACAGCUGGAUACAUUUGCGAAGAGUUUGACUUUAUAACCAGCUGCAAGACAUGCAGGAGAGGAAGCUUCAAGGCAGAGAACGAAAAAAAGUGCUACGCGUGUCCUCCAGGCGGCUUUUAUCAAGAUGAGCUAGGUUAUACAGGCAAGUUUCAUUAUGGCUAUGGUUGCAAACAAUGUCCUCCUGGUUCCUAUGUAAAGCCUGAGCUUGCUCCUGGAAAAUCGGAAUCAGACUGCCAAACUUGUCCACAAGGCACUUACUCCAAAGACUUUGCUAAAUUCCGUGCAUGUAAAUGUAUGGACGGCUACUAUCGUUUGGAUCGAUUUGGACCUUGUACGAUCUGCACUAAGGGAUAUAWAUGCUCRAACGAAAGCAUCACCCUAGAUUUAGGUUUCUACUGGCUUUGGGAAAGCAAAGGAAAUAUGAAAGACUAUGAAAUCUUCACAAAAGAUCUGAGCAUUUCCAUACCCAUGCCUGCCYYAUCGAGGGAUCGUGUCUGGGUGGAUAUCUCUCAAAAUGCGGUGACGGUUAUACAGGACCUCUGUGUGCAGUAUGUGAUACAGGAUACUAUAACAUGA